AUGCUGUCACAAACGCUAAAAGUUCGCUCUCAAUCCAAAUAUCGAGAUUCAACAGCACCUGUACGUAAUUGUUUUGUAUGUGGAUCGAAAGCACUCGGUGUUAAUUUUGGUGCGCUUACAUGUGCUCCAUGUAAAGCUUUUUUCCGUCGUAAUGCUCGUCGAAAAGAAGUUCUGCAAAUACAAUGUCAACAUGAAGAUCUUGACCAUUCAAUAAAUCAAUGUAACGAUAACAUGAGUAUUUGUUCUGAAUUACGUCACUGUACAACUUGUCGAUUGCGCCGUUGUUUUGAAGUUGGCAUGAAUGCUAGCUUAGUACGAUCGGAUGAAGAAAAACAACGAUAUAAACAAAUCAUCUUAGUCAAUCGUCAACGACGACGAAGUUCAAUAAAAUUAUUAACUCGUAAAGCGCCUCAAAUUUCUGAAACUAUUCCAUCUGAUAAUGCAUUAUUAAAAGAGAAAGAUUGGAGAUUUCUAUCAAAAAUAGUUGAUGCUUAUGAAAAUUAUUGUUUAAAAAAAUUUAUAGAAAAUCGUAAAAAUAUUAUUAAUAAUGAAAUCAAUUUUGACAAUAAACCAUCGGCAAAUAUCAAUCAUUAUAAAGAAGUGUGUCUCAACAAUAUAAAAUCAUUUUUAUCUUUUCUUCUAUCGAUACCAACGGUUCAAUCACUUUCAGCUAACAAUCGUUAUUAUUUAUUUAAACAUAAUAUUCGUUCAUUGCUUCUUCCUAAUUUUCAUGAAAUCGAACAAACAUGUUUCAGUGAAUCAUGGCAGGUGAAUAUUGAUAACGCAGCAACUGAAUUUAUUUUUGGCAAAACAUUAUUUGACGAUUUUGUUCAAAUUAGAAAGAAAGCUGAAUCGGUACUAAUCACUGAUCCAGCUGUAACACGUCUUUGGUUAAUUAUAUUAUUUUUUUCGACUCCUCUUCUAUGUCUUUAUGAUCGUUCAUUGCCUAAUAUAUCAAAAGAAAGUCGUUUGGAUAUAAAUAAAAUUCAAAAUUCAUUUACUACUUUACUAUGGAAUUAUUUAUCACAUCGUCAUGAAUAUUUUGAUGCUACUCAAAUUUUUUCAAAUCUUAUUUACAUUUAUUUACAAAUGCAACGAAUAUCUCAAGCUAUGAACCAUGAAGUACAAAUGAGAAAUGAUUUAGUCGACAUGAACCAGGCGUUCAAUCAAGCAGUUGCAUUUGAAAGUGAUAUGGAGUAA